AUGUGGCUCCUAGCAUAUCUAGCCUAUCUCCGUCUAAAAAUUGGCGCCAUCAUCCUUAGGACCCUAAUCAGAUUACUCUCAGGAGGAUGGAUUGCCAACCCUGACACAAUUCAUCAUCUCCCUUCUCGGGAUCCUCAACGCAGAAUCAAAGUCCAUGUUUAUCGACCUCCACUAAAGAAAUCACGCUCACGCUCAGGCCCAGGCCCCGUCUUGAUCAAUUUCCACGGGAGCGGGUUUGUCAUCCCAGCCCAUGGCAGUGACGAUGAGUUCUGUCGAGAAAUGAGCCAACGCGCCAAUUACACUGUUUUAGAUGUUCAAUAUCGACUAUCUCCUGAGAAUCCCUUUCCUGCUGCAGUCCAUGACACUGAAGAUGUCUUGAAAUGGGUCUUGCAGCAACCAGCCUUAUUCGAUCUUUCCCGAGUAGCAGUCUCAGGCUUCAGUGCGGGUGGGACUCUCGCUCUCGUGGCUGCUUCGACUUUAUUCCCUAAGGGAACAUUCCGAUCUGUGAUGACUUUUUAUCCGAGUACAGAGGGUCAUCUUGAUCCCGCGUCGUUGAUUGCGCCUGAAGCCGGUGGUCGUCCUAUCCCUGUUUCGACUAUGCGGCUUUUUGCUAGCUGCUAUAUUCAAACAGAAGUCGAUUCACAAGAUCCGAGGCUGAUUCCUAGUUUUGCUGACACGGCACUUUUCCCAAAGAAUGCACUUGUUAUUACAGCAGGUUAUGAUACUUUGGCUGCUGAAGGGGAGAGAUUUGCCAAACAACUGAAAAAGGAUACGCGUCGUCACGUGGUCUACAGGCGGAUGGCGAGGUGUAAUCAUGGUUGGGAUAAAAAGGCCAGAAUUGGGACUCAUGAAUGGGAGCAGAAGACUCAGGCUUAUGAUUUGGCUGCUGAGAUGCUUCGUCUUUAG